AAACAUCCAGUGGUCAUGAUGACACACUUACCCACCAGAACUCCAAACGGCUUCAAGUCCUUCCAGUAUCUGGACCAGGGUGUAACCAUGCCGAAAAAUCUGGCCUCGCUCCUGCUCUACGUCUACAGUAUGUGGGUCGUGGUCUCCCAGCCCUGCCCAACCUACACCGCCUUGUCCGCAGACAGCCUCAACCUAGAGGAGUACCUUGGGAGGUGGUAUUUCUCCGCAGCUGUGAGUGGGAGGGAGGAGGAGCUCCAAUGGUUCAGGACGACGGACAGCAGCGUGUACACCAUGCAGACAACCGCUGUCCCCCAAACCAUACUGCUGAACGGGGACAUUCGCAUUGGAAACAACUGUAUGAGAUCUUCGAUGACCUACAAAGUCCUCUUAGGCAGAAAUAACGUGCAGCUAGAAGGACGGCCCCAGCGUCAGGCGUUCUUCUGGGGUGGAGCGCAGCACAACGACUCAGACUACAUCAUCAUGCAGGAAACGGAGCCUGCACCGGACGCGUUCGACAUAUACAUGCUCUAUGGUAGAAAGAAAGUCCUACCUGACGACGUGAUUAAAGAUUUCCAGGAGAUAUUGGCAUGUCAGGGAAUGACGGCGUUCUUCAGACUUCCUCAGACCCAAGAGCUGUGCAGCUAAACACCCUCACAGAGGAUGUGGAAGGCAGACAACAGAAGACGUACCUUGUUUCUAAUGAAAAGUACAUUUCGACCAAAAUAUUUAGACGGAAACCUCCUCACAUAUGAGUGAUUUCCGAUUUAAUUAAUUAAACUGUUGCCUUCAAAUAAAAACAAAACCUUGAA